UAGCCUGUGAGGGCAGAAGAAAAAAUCAGAGUCUGCUUAGUCAGAGGAGCAACAGGCAAUGGACCCCAAAUGCCAGUGUCUGGAACUUCAUGAUGGCCACUUUGUUCCCGUUCUGGGAUUUGGAACCUAUGCCCCUGAGGAGGUUCCUAAGAGUGAAGCUCUGGAGGUCACCAAAUUUGCUAUUGAUGUUGGGUUCCGCCAUAUUGACUGUGCUCAUUUGUACCAAAAUGAAGAGCAGGUUGGACAGGCCAUUCGCAGCAAGAUUGCAGAUGGCACUGUGAAGAGAGAAGACAUAUUCUACACUUCAAAGCUUUGGUCCACUUUCCUUCGACCGGAGUUGGUUCAACCAGCCUUGGAAAAGUCACUGAAAAAUCUUCAACUGGAUUAUGUUGAUCUCUAUAUUAUUCAUUUGCCAACGGCUCUGAAGCCAGGGGAGGAACUUUUUCCCAAAGAUGAAAAUGGAAAAAUGAUAUUUGACACAGUGGAUCUCUGUCGCACGUGGGAGGCCCUGGAGAAGUGUAAGGAUGCAGGAUUGGCCAAGUCCAUUGGGGUGUCCAACUUUAACCGCAAACAGCUGGAGAAGAUCCUGAACAAGCCGGGGCUCAAGUACAAGCCCGUCUGCAACCAGGUGGAAUGUCAUCCUUAUCUCAAUCAGAGCAAACUGUUGGACUUCUGCAAGUCAAACGAUAUUGUUCUUGUUGCCUAUGGUGCUCUGGGAUCCCAACGAUUAAAAGAUUGGGUGAACCCGAGCUACCCAGUUCUCUUGGAGGACCCAGUUCUUUGUGCCAUUGCAAAAAAGCACAAGCAAACCGCAGCGCUGAUAGCCCUUCGCUACCAGAUGCAACGUGGGGUUGUGGUCCUGGCCAAGAGUUACAAUAAGAAGCGGAUCAAAGAGAACAUGCAGGUUCUCAAUUUUGAAUUGACUCCAGAAGACAUGAAAGCAAUUGAUGGCCUCAACAGUAAUGUACGAUAUUACGAUUUACUCUUCAUUGCUGAUCACCCUGACUAUCCAUUUUCUGAAGAAUAUUGAUUAUGAGUGAUCCGCCAUGGUUGUAUCAGAAUUUAUUGAUUCUAGGGGUGUGGUGAGAAUUGCUAUAAUCAUUGGAGCUAAUUAAAAUCUGUGUCUCUAGUUAA